AUGACAGUGUAUCACAUAGCCCUUUUCAAGUGCAAACCCGAUAUCGGGCCACAAGAGCUCAGUCGCUUCGCUCAAUUCGCCAAAACCAUGUUGGGCCAGAUUCCAGGAAUGUUGGCUGUCGAGUUCGGUGAAGCACUGGAAUUCACCAAGCCCUUCACGCAUGGAUUUGAUGUCGGGGCUGUAGUGACAUUGAGCAAGCCAGAGGACAUUGGAGUGUUUGCAAAGCAUCCACUCCACGAUGGAUUGAUGAAGCUGCGGGAUGAGUUCUUUGAGGAAGAUAUGUUACUGCUCGACUUCAAGUUUUAA